AUGGCCCUGGACGGCGCGCGGGGGGCGCGAGACGAGGAGAGCAGAGAGAAGAAGAAGAAAAAGAAGAGGAGGAGGAAGGAGGAGGAGGAGGAGGAAGGGGAGGAGGAGGAGGAGGGGGCCGAGGCCGGCGGCUCGCCGUCCGCGGCCACCAUGGGGGACGGGGACGCGGGCGGCCGGGGGCUGGCGGGGGCGCGGCCCCGGGGCACGGAGCGCCCCUCGGCGGUGCACGGGCGGCUGGUGCUGGCCUUCGCCGUGUGCAUCGUGGCGCUGCUGGCGGUCACCGCGCUCGCCGUGCUGCUCAGCCUGCGCUUCGACGGGUGCGGGCCGGGCGCCCCCGGCGGCGCCCCCGGCCUCCCUGCGCGCGGCGGCAACGCCAGCCUCCCGGGGCCCGCGCGGCGCGACCCGCAGGCGGGCGGGGAGGCCAGCACCCCCGGGGCCCCGGCCGCGCGGCCGCCGUCGGACCCCGAGCGCGAGCACCCCUGGACGCACCUGCGCCUGCCGGGCCACCUCAAGCCGCUGCACUACAACCUGAUGCUCACCGCCUUCAUGGACAACUUCACCUUCUCCGGGGAGGUCAACGUGGAGGUCGCGUGCACCAACCGCACCCGCUACGUCGUGCUGCACGCCUCCCGCGUGGCCGUGGACAGGGUGCAGCUGGCCGAGGACCGCGCGGCCGGGGCCGUGCCCGUGGCCGGCUUCUUCCUCUACCCGCAGACCCAGGUCCUGGUGGUGGUGCUCAACCGCAGCCUGGACGCGCACCGCAACUACAACCUGAAGGUCGUCUACAGCGCGCUCAUUGAGAACGAGCUGCUGGGCUUCUUCCGCAGCUCCUACGUGCUCCACGGGGAGAGGAGAUUCCUCGGUGUUACGCAGUUUUCGCCCACACAUGCCAGAAAGGCAUUUCCUUGUUUUGACGAGCCAAUCUACAAGGCCACUUUCAAAAUUAGCAUCAAGCAUCAAGCAACCUAUUUAUCUCUAUCGAAUAUGCCAGUGGAAACUUCCGUUUUUGAGGAAGAUGGAUGGGUUACGGAUCACUUUUCACAGACCCCUCUCAUGUCUACAUAUUAUUUAGCCUGGGCGAUUUGCAACUUCACAUACAGAGAAACUACCACCAAGAGUGGGGUUGCAGUACGACUAUAUGCAAGACCCGAUGCUAUCAGAAGAGGAUCUGGGGACUAUGCUCUCCAUAUAACAAAGAGAUUAAUAGAAUUUUAUGAAGACUACUUUAAGGUGCCCUAUUCCUUGCCAAAACUAGAUCUUUUAGCUGUGCCUAAGCAUCCGUACGCUGCUAUGGAGAACUGGGGACUAAGUAUUUUUGUGGAGCAAAGAAUACUGCUGGAUCCCAGUGUUUCAUCUAUUUCUUAUUUACUGGAUGUCACCAUGGUCAUUGUUCAUGAGAUAUGUCACCAGUGGUUUGGUGACCUCGUGACCCCUGUAUGGUGGGAAGACGUGUGGCUGAAGGAAGGUUUUGCUCACUACUUUGAAUUUGUUGGCACAGACUAUCUCUACCCUGGCUGGAACAUGGAAAAACAGAGGUUUCUGACGGAUGUCCUGCAUGAAGUAAUGCUGCUGGACGGCUUGGCCAGUUCCCAUCCAGUAUCACAGGAGGUGCUACAGGCAACAGAUAUUGACAGGGUGUUUGACUGGAUCGCCUAUAAAAAGGGUGCUGCUCUAAUUAGAAUGCUGGCUAAUUUUAUGGGCCAUUCAGUAUUUCAAAGGGGUUUACAGGAUUAUUUAACCAUUCAUAAGUAUGGCAAUGCAGCCAGAAACGAUCUCUGGAAUACACUGUCAGAGGCUUUAAAAAGGAAUGGGAAAUUUGUAAAUAUACAAGAAGUGAUGGAUCAGUGGACACUCCAGAUGGGUUAUCCUGUAAUCACCAUCUUGGGGAAUUUGACGGCGGAAAAUAGAAUAGUAAUUACCCAACAACAUUUUAUCUAUGACAUCAGUGCUAAAACUAAAGCACUCCAACUUCAAAAUAACAGUUACCUGUGGCAGAUUCCAUUAACUAUUGUGGUAGGAAAUAGAAGCCAUGUGUCUUCAGAAGCAAUUAUUUGGGUGUCUAACAAAUCAGAACACCACAGGAUAACUUUGGACAAAGGAAACUGGUUGCUGGGGAACAUCAAUCAAACUGGCUAUUUUAGAGUCAACUAUGAUUUAAGGAAUUGGAGAUUAUUAAUUGAUCAAUUAAUCAGGAACCAUCAGGUUCUCUCUGUGAGUAACAGAGCAGGUUUGAUCGAUGAUGCCUUCAGCCUAGCCAGGGCUGGCUAUUUGCCUCAGCAUAUCCCCCUGGAGAUUAUCAGAUACCUGUCCGAGGAGAAGGAUUUUCUUCCGUGGCACGCUGCCAGCCGAGCUCUUUACCCCCUUGAUAAAUUACUGGACCGCAUGGAGAAAUACAACGUCUUCAAUGAAUAUAUUUUAAAGCAAGUCGCAACAACGUACAUCAAGCUGGGAUGGCCAAAAAACAACUUUAAUGGAUCUCUUGUUCAAGCAUCCUACCAACAUGAAGAACUACGUAGAGAAGUUAUAAUGCUGGCGUGCAGUUUUGGCAACAAGCACUGUCACCAGCAGGCAUCAACACUUAUUUCAGAUUGGAUUUCCAGCAACAGGAACAGAAUACCGCUCAAUGUUAGAGACAUUGUCUACUGUACGGGAGUUUCACUCCUAGAUGAGGAUGUCUGGGAAUUCAUAUGGAUGAAAUUCCACUCCACUACGGCAGUUUCUGAGAAGAAAAUACUAUUGGAAGCCUUAACUUGCAGUGAUGACAGGAACCUAUUAAAUAGGCUUUUGAAUCUCUCACUGAAUUCCGAGGUGGUGUUAGAUCAAGAUGCAAUUGAUGUGAUAAUCCAUGUCGCUCGAAAUCCACACGGCCGAGACCUUGCCUGGAAGUUUUUCAGAGAUAAAUGGAAGAUAUUAAAUACCAGGUAUGGAGAGGCAUUAUUUAUGAAUUCCAAACUCAUUAGUGGAGUCACAGAGUUUCUUAAUACCGAAGGUGAACUCAAAGAGUUGAAGAACUUCAUGAAGACCUAUGAUGGAGUGGCUGCUGCCUCUUUCUUGAGAGCUGUGGAAACGGUGGAGGCCAACGUGCGCUGGAAAGCGCUGUAUCAAGAUGAGCUCUUCCAGUGGUUAGGAAAAGCUCUGAGACACUGAGAUCGC